GGGUGACGAAGGAGGCGGAGGGAAGGAAGCGAAGAAAAGAACCGAACGCGGCGGCGGCGGCGGCGCUGCUGCUGCGGCUUGAGGGAGGCGGUUGCCGUGGCCACGGAAGCAGCGCCAGCUUAGGCCUGGAGCCGCGCUCGCCUCGGGCCCGCUCCGACAUGCCCCGCUCUGCCGGCCGAGGAGGAGGAGGAGGAGGACCAUGAGCGGGCUGGCGAACGGGGCGAGCCUGGAGGACUGUCACGCCAACCUCUUCUCGCUGGCAGAACUCACAGGCAUCAAGUGGCGCAGGUAUAACUUUGAAGGCCAUGGAGAUUGUGGCCCGAUUAUCUCGGCACCGGCUCAAGAUGAUCCAAUUCUUCUGAGUUUCAUCCGCUGUCUGCAGGCCAAUCUGCUGUGUGUCUGGCGCCGGGAUGUCAAACCAAAUUGUAAGGAGUUAUGGAUAUUCUGGUGGGGAGACGAACCAAAUUUAGUGGAUGUGAUACAUCGUGAACUGCACAUGGUGGAAGAAGGACUUUGGGAGAAUGGACUUUCAUAUGAAUGCAGGACACUUCUUUUCAAGGCAAUCCAUAACCUGCUAGAAAGAUGCCUAAUGGAUAAGAACUUUGUAAGGAUUGGGAAAUGGUUCAUCCGGCCCUAUGAGAAAGAUGAAAAGCCCAUUAACAAAAGUGAGCAUUUGUCCUGUGCCUUCACAUUCUUCCUUCACGCGGAAAGUAAUGUGUGUACAAGUGUGGAGAUUGCUCAGCACUUGCCAAUCUAUCUCAUCAACGAGGAACAUCUUCGCAUGGCUCAGUCCUCCCCUGUGCCAUUCCAAGUGCUGAUAAGCCCAUAUGGUUUGAGCGGUACGUUAACGGGCCAAGCCUACAAGAUGUCUGAUCCAGCAACCCAGAAACUAAUGGAGGAGUGGCAAUAUUUUUACCCUGUGGUGUUGAAGAAGAAAGAGGGCUUCAAAGAAGAACAGCGAUACGAUGAUGACUUUCCAGUGGCAGUAGAAGUCAUUGUUGGAGGUGUCCGGAUGGUGUAUCCCUCAGCUUUUGUUCUCAUUGCUCAAAAUGACAUCCCUAUCUCUCCAAGCACUUUGGUACCCGGAGCCCACAACAGCAUGGCACAGCAGGGAGCUGGGAACAUGAAAGAUGCCCACAGCUGUGGAAUGUUUCUUACGCCACCCAUUUCUCCAGAGCAGAUUGUCAUCGGUGACAGCGGAAGCAUUCCCAGCAUGGUCAGUUAUUCCGCAGCAGCCCCAGACGGGAUGGGCUCUGUGCAGGGUUCAAAGAUCUCUGAGAAGAUUCCUUCAAUAUUCCAUAAACGUAUUAUUCAGAGGACUUGGAAGGAAUGGAUCCUCAACAAGUCACAAUCCAAAAGAGCUCCGAUGAUGAAGGGAGGAACCCUCACCAACUGUGCUGCUUGGGAUUUUAUUGAUCCCGUCAAAAGGGUUUAUUGCACUUGCUCUAGGCAUAGACUCUUCAGACAGCGAUAUUUGGGUUUCUGCCGGCUACCGUCAUUAUCACAUUCCAGUUCUUCUACUUCGCUGCCAUUUGCAUCUAAGCACAAAAUCACAGAGAGGCAGGAGAAACUGGACAAAAAUCAGAAGAGGUCACUCCUGCCAUUUCACUAUCGGCCAGCUGUUACUGAAGAGCUUUGUACGGAGCAAGAUCCACCAGUACACAAGUUGACCUUGGCAGGGAUGGAGCCUUCCUUGGAAGCCUCCGGCAUCCGUAAAUACGAGAAGCCGUUCUCUCUCCCACCUCGACACUCAAGCAAACAAUCCCAUUUGAAUCCCAUGGAUUCUCCCCACUCCCCCGCGUCCCCUCUGCCCCCCACCCUUAGUCCCCAGCCAAGAGGGCAGGAAGCGGAGAGUUUGUACCCACCGUCAAUUCCUGUGACUCCCAUCCUCUACCACAGUGGACUAGAGCUCCAGCCCCUACUCAGCACCGAGGGCAGGACGGUCCAUGGAGGACAGAGGCUACCUCUUACGGAAGACGUCGGUGACACUGGUGUGUAUUCUGGGCUUGUACGGAACCAAGAGUCACUGAACAUGUGGCAGGGAUAUACUCUUCCCUCCAGUGGAAAUACAGAGUUCAGGCCUCCGGAACUCCAUUGCGAGAGAUAUGACAUCCAUGUCAACACACCCUUUCAAAGCACUGCACUGAAAAGGCUCUUAGCACAACCUAACAAAAGAUUUAAAAUCGUGGAAGAACCCUCCUCUGUGCCAGCGAUGCAUUACUUUGACCUCUAUCCUCUAAACCGGCGGCGGCCUGGCAAAGGUUUGAGAGACGUCAGUGAUCCUUACACAUUUCAGGACGGAGACAUCAAAUACAGUUUCACUCGUGCGAAAAAGGGUAAACUUGGAGCUGACAGAGAAUUCCUGAAGAAGAAUAAGUCAGAUGACGGAACUGGGCCAAAGGAUAUUUCUGUAGCAGGUCACUCUACAAGCAUGUCAGAUGGGAAAGAUGCAAUGUCUAUUUUCAGGUCGGCUCCUAAAACAGACACCCGGCACGAUAAUGCUGCAACUCGAGCUGGUUCCAGUAGCCUCAUGCAAGUCACAGACCUGGCUCCUUCGCUGCAUGAUUUAGACAACCUCUUUGAUAAUUCUGAUGAAGAUGAUAAUGAAGCUGUUUCUCCUUCUCAUUGCUCAAAAGUGCCUCUGCAGGGGACUGAAGAACGCUCUCUGGCCAAGGACACCAGAACAGCAGUCCCUUACCCCCCAACUGUGGCCGACCUGCAGAGGAUGUUUCCGACUCCACCAUCCUUGGAGCAGCACCCUGCUUUUUCUCCAGUGAUGUGUUACAAAGAUGGCAUUGGCUCGGAGACACUGACUACACUCGGGAUGUUGGAAAGUCCAGCCUUCAGCAUGACUACAAAUCAACUCACAGAGUUUAAAAUCGAAGUGGAAGAUGGACUAGGCAGUCCUAAACCGGAAGAAAUAAAGGAUUUCUCCUAUGUGCACAAGACGUCAACCUUUCAGCCCUUUUUGGGCUCCUCUGCAUUUGCGCCUUUGAAGAUGCUCCCAAGCCAGUGCCUGCUACCUCUGAAGAUUCCAGAGGCCUGUGUCUAUCGGCCAUCCUGGGCUCUUCCUCCCAAAACCGAACAUCUUUCUUUACCACCUAACACUACAUUCAUCCGGGAUGGUUAUACCAACAUACCUAGUGUUGGGAGCCUAGCGGAUCAAGACUAUCUUCAGAUGAACACUCCCCAGAUGAGCACUCCUGUGACACUAAACAGUGUGGCGCCAGCCAGCAAUGGUGGAGCAGGAGUCCUGCCUUCCCCAGCCACUCCCCGCUUCUCUGUGCCUACGCCACGCACACCUAGGACCCCAAGGACGCCUCGAGGUGGCGGCACUGCCAGUGGACAAGGAUCCGUGAAAUACGACAGCACGGACCAAGGCUCGCCGGCGUCAACGCCCUCUACCUCCCGGCCCCUCAAUUCCGUGGAGCCGGCAACUGUCCAACCCAUUCUGGAGGCCCAUAGCCUGUACGUCACACUCAUUCUUUCUGACUCAGUGCUGAACAUCUUCAAAGAUAGCAAUUUUGACAGCUGCUGCAUUUGCGCAUGCAACAUGAAUAUUAAGGGGGCCGACGUGGGGCUGUAUAUCCCAGAUUCAUCCAACGAGGAUCAGUAUCGGUGUACUUGUGGAUUUAGUGCAAUCGUGAACCGCAAACUCGGGUACAACUCUGGGCUGUUCAUCGAGGAUGAAUUGGAUAUUUUUGGCAAGACGUCCGACAUUGGCCAAAUUGCAGAGAGGAGGCUGAUGUUGAGCCAGUCCCCUUUAACGCCUCAGCUGGGAGAGGGAUCCAAGAAGGUUCAGGAAUUCCCCAUUAGCCUUCUCCUUCUCCUUCAGAGUCAACACACCCAGCCUUUCACCUCCAUGAACUGCUUAUACUACAUGUCUGCAACUAACCGGCAAACGCUCCCUUCCACGAACUGGAACUAUGACAGAGUCCGGGCCGAAAGCAAUGAUUCCUGGGUGGAGUGCUUCAAUGCCCUGGAACAAGGCCGGCAGUAUGUGGAUAAUCCUAUCGGUGGGAAAGUGGAUGAAGCUCUUGUCCGAAGUGCUACGAUUCACUCUUGGCCUCACAGUAACGUUCUGGACAUCAGCACACUAUCCUCCCAGGACGUGGUGCGCAUGCUCCUUUCUCUCCAGCCCUUUCUGCAGGACGCCAUCCAGAAGAAACGGACUGGCAGGACCUGGGAGACCAUCCAGCAUGUUCAAGGACCCCUCACUUGGCAGCAGUUCCAUAAAAUGGCAGGACGUGGUUCAGAGGAAUCCCCCGAGCCCCUUCCCAUUCCCACGUUGCUGGUGGGUUACGACAAGGACUUCCUGACAAUCUCUCCGUUCUCCUUGCCUUUUUGGGAGAGGCUACUAUUGGAUCCAUAUGGCGGCCGUCAAGAUGUUGCCUAUAUUGUGGUGUGUCCAGAAAAUGAGGCCUUGCUUAAUGGAGCCAAAACUUUCUUCAGGGACUUAAGCACUGUAUAUGAGAUGUGUCGGCUUGGGCAGCAUAAGCCCAUCUGUAAAGUGUUGCACGAUGGGAUCAUGCAGGUGGGAAGGACGGCCGCCCAGAAACUGACAGAUGAAGUGGUGAGCGACUGGUUCAAUGCACCCUGGGGCAGCGAAGACACUGACAAUCAUUCCAAGCUCAAACUUUAUGCGCAAGUGUGUCGUCACCACCUAGCACCUUACUUAGCAACUUUGCAACUUGAUAGCAGCCUGCUGAUGCCACCUAAACAGACGACGCCAUCGAGCCAGGAACGAACAAAACCUGGGCGACCAAUGGUCCCCUCCCACUCGACCCCUUUUGCUGUGCCUGGGCCUCCCCCAGUGGGCAGUUCUUUCACAUCGACACCUAGCGCUAGGACCACGAACCUCCCAGUGGGCAGCUCUUCAGCGCCGCGGUUAUCAGCAUCCUCCUUAGCUCCCAGUAUUAAGCCGGCAAACACUACCUCUUCAUCCGGGUUCAGUAGUGGCCUCCCUCAAGGUCAGAACCUCGCUGCAGGAGCAAAUCCCACAGAGAGAUCCCAAGGAAGUUCCCUCUCAGGAGGAGACACUGAAGCAGGACACAGCUCAUCUCAACAGAAUCAAGAAGGGACGGAAAGCACUGCAGAAAGGGAAAGAAUGGGAGUUUCCCUUGAUCCCGAGCCUGUAGAUAGUCAUGCCUAUCCUCCGGCUGUCGUUAUUUAUAUGGUCGAUCCCUUCACCUACACAGCGGAGGAGGAAUCUGCUUCUGCCAACUUCUGGGUCUUGAGUCUCAUGCGAUGUUACACAGAGAUGAUGGACAGCCUUCCUGAACACAUGAGGGAUUCUUUCAUUCUCCAGAUUGUGCCUUGCCAAAACAUGCUGCAAACCACGAAGGGCGAGCAGGUCCUUUACCUUCAGCACUUGAAGUCCCUGGCGUUCUCCGCCUACUGCCAGUGCCGGCGACCACUGCCCACCCAGAACCACAUAAAGUCUCUGACAGGCUUUGGGCCAGCUGCCAACACUGAGACAACUCUCAAGAACCCCGAGUGGCCCAGUCCCAUUCAGCUGUACUCUCCACCAUUUAUACUGGCUCCCAUCAAGGACAAACAGACGGAGUUGGGGGAGACCUUUGGAGAAGCCAGCCAGCAAUGCAAUGUGCUUUUCGUUGGGUAUUGUUUGUCUCACGAUCAGCGCUGGCUCCUGGCUUCCUGCACUGAUGUCCAUGGCGAGUUACUGGAUACCUGUGUGAUCAAUAUUUAUCUGCCAAACAGAUCAAAGAGAAGCAAAGUUUCGCCCCGUAAAAUUGGCUUGCAGAAGCUGUGGGAAUGGUGCACUGGGAUCAUCCAAAUGUCAUCACUACCUUGGAGAGUUGUGAUUGGCCGACUUGGACGCCUUGGCCAUGGAGAGCUGAAAGAUUGGAGCAUCCUGCUUGGCGAGAGUUCCCUGCAGACAAUCAGCAAGCAGUUGAAGGAGGUGUGUCGGAUGUGUGGCAUCUCCUCGACCGACUCUCCUUCGAUUCUCAGUGCCUGUUUGGUGGCUAUGGAACCCCAGGGCUCAUUUGUUGUGAUGCCAGAUGCUGUCACCAUGGGAUCUGUCUUUGGGCGCAGCACCGCUCUCAAUUUGCAGUCAUCCCAGCUGAAUACGCCGCAGGAUGCCUCUUGCACACACAUCCUAGUCUUUCCCACCUCUGCAACCAUCCAGGUUGCCCCAGCAAAUUAUCCCAAUGAGGACGGGUUCAGCCCCAAUAAUGAUGACAUGUUUGACCUUCCAUUCCCGGAAGAUAUGGAUAAUGACAUUGGGAUCCUCAUGACCGGGAAUCUGCAUUCAUCUCCAACGUCAUCUCCUGUCCCUUCGCCUUGCUCUCCUGGGGUUGGAGUGGGCCCAUCUUUCCAGCAUAGCCGGAGCCAAGGGGAGCGUCUCCUCUCCCGGGAAGCUCCCGAAGAACUCAAGCAGCAGCCGCUUGCGCUGGGGUACUUUGUCUCCACUGCCAGAGCUGAGAACCUUCCUCAGUGGUUCUGGUCCUCUUGUCCACAUGCUCAGAACCAAUGUCCCCUCUUUUUGAAGGCAUCACUGCAUCAUCACAUCUCUGUUGCACAGAUGGACGAACUCCUCCCUCCUCGGAACUCGCAGAGGGUUCCUCAUCCCUUGGACUCUAAAACCACAUCAGAUGUCCUGAGGUUUGUUUUGGAACAGUACAAUGCACUCUCGUGGCUCACCUGCAACCCCGCAACUCAGGAUCGCAGCUCCUGCCUUCCUGUCCACUUUGUGGUGCUCACACAGCUAUACAACGCCAUCAUGAAUCUCCUUUCGUAACUAAGGCAGACCUGACUGGUGGUCACCUCCAACUUGAGAAAUGUCCCAUGGCCUAUACGUUCCAAUUGCCCUUUUCUUGAGCUUUUGAGGGCCCAUGCAGCCAAUGUGCUUCCUGUGGAGUCACAGAAAGCUUUGUUGUUGUCUGGACUAUACCAGGUGGAGCAUGCCAGCACUUUGGAUGAGCAUUUUGGACAUUGGGUGAAUCCAAGCCUCAGUGUCGUGCUAAAUUGGUCGCUGGAUGUUGUGGAACGACAUAUCCCAGAAGACGGCGUCUUACCUUUGAAAUGCACAGCCUUGUCUUUCGGAAGCAAAAUGCUGCCGUGGCCAGUGGCCUAUCCUUGGACACCACAGGACGGGCGUAGCUGCAUCGAAGAACCCAUUCUCAUUGUUUAUAAAUGGUGGGCUUUUCUGUCUGUCUGGAUAAAGUGGAUUGCUUUCAUGCAUUUUUUAACCUGUCCAUAGAGUUAUGAAAAGUCUGCAGAUCCUCUUCUGUUUGUUGGCCGUUUUGUUUUUAAUUUAUUUAUGGGGUUAUUAAAUUAUAGGGCACCAGUGUGUUAUUCAGAACUAUUUAAUGACAUACCUCUCGCUCUUCAGAUCUGGGGCUGAAUCCAUGAAAAAUCCAGAAAGGAAGUGAAGUAGGAACAUAGAAGAAUUGCCAUUUUGGUUGGUGGACACUGAGAAUGAAGGAACCCAGUUUGCAGUAGGGUUUGAAUAGGUCACUGAGAACAGCAAGAGACAACAGGCAUUUAGGAGCAUUUAUAACUGUGAAGCAAAGUGAAGGGAGAAGCAUUUAUUCAGAGGGAAGUUUGACAAUUUGAGGACUGAUUCCUGAAGUCUGAGUGACCUAUCAACUGGGACAGACUUGUCCUCUAGUGACAUAAAUGUCAAAAUACUAUAUAACACACACCGUUCGUUGUUUACACGUGUGUCUUUUUCAAUUGUGAUGAAUUUUUCUGUCUGCAAGAUGAAAUAUUCUUUCAAGGAUAUCGUUUUUUAAAACCAGUUUCAUUCCAUUUGUACUUUAAAAUGAAAUACCACUGAGACAGGAAAAUUGCUGGGUUUAAAAUGUGUGCUGUUGAAAAAGUGUUUAAAGCAAAUCCUGUUAUUUUUAAUGACUUCUGGACUGUAGGAUCCGAGAGGUCUAUAGUCUAAGUUCCUGUUUCUAAUGUUUGCUGUUGCACUCGAAAAGAGGAAUCAAAUAGGUCAGGUGGCUGUUCUCGGAGAGUAUUUUGCUAUUUUUGAAGUUCUUCCAAAAGUUUGUCUUGUUCUGGUUAAAAAAUACAUAAAAAUUUAUAUGAAAUUAAAGAAAUAUUUUUCCUUAAAUGGCGAUGUAAUAUUUAAAUCAAAUUUAUAAUUGAAAAUAAUAAUAAUAAUAAUAAUCCAUGCCCAAUCCCUUGGAAGGACUAGUCAGAAAAGAACCGGGUUUCUUAAUACUCACUUUGAGGGAACCGUUGCAAUGUACAGAAGAAAAUCCAUAUGUAUCCAAACCAUUUGUAUCUAAUGUAUACAGUGUACAUUUGAUUUUUAAAAUAUUGCCUAUUUUUUCUUAAUCAGAAAGAACAGAUUACCAAGGCCUUUUGAAGAGCGUUAAAAGAAAAAAAGAUUGUAAACUUGUAUUUAAAGAAAAAGUUCAGAGGAAAGCUAUGUAAAGGUACAUUUUCCCACUUUGGGUGUUUUGCCAGGUUCACCUGACUCUUGGAUUAUUGUUGGGUUGACUUUUUUAUGUGAUGUUUUUAUCAAAGGGGUUCUUUUCUUCCCCAGAGUUCCAGUUCUAAUGCAAACAUUUAAAUAUCCCUCGCCUUACAACAAAGGGGAGGGAGGUCGUGAGGGAUAAUUCUCAUCUACUGUUGUUUUUAUUUAAUUUUUUAAGUUAAGAGAAAACUGUUAACAUAUUUAUACAUUUUGUGCAAAAUAAAUAAAUGGCAAUAGAUUUUAAAAGAAAAAA